AUGGGCCACCCCAACGUUCGCUGGCUGGGGUGUUGUAACCUCACAGAGAAGAGCUGUGCAGCUUUAUCUUCAGUUCUCAGCUCAAACUCUUCCAGUCUGAGACAGCUGGACCUGAGUUCCAAUUAUCUGCUGGGAGAUUCAGGAGUGGAGCUGCUUUCUACUGGUCUGGAGCAUCCAAACUGUAGACUGGAGAAACUGGACCUGGGGGGUUGUAAACUCACAGAGAAGAGCUGUGCAGCUCUAUCUUCAGCUCUCAGCUCAAACUCUUCCAGUCUGAGACAGCUGCACCUGAGAAACAAUAAUCUGGGAGAUUCAGGAGUGGAGCUGCUUUCUACUGAUCUGGAGCAUCCAAACUGCAGACUGGAGAAACUCGACCUGAGUUGGUGUGACCUCACAGAGAAGAGCUGUGCAGCUUUAUCUUCAGCUCUCAGCUCAAACUCUUCCAGUCUGAGACAGCUGCACCUGGGAGGCAAUAAUCUGCUGGGAGAUUCAGGAGUGAAGCUGCUUUCUACUGGUCUGAAGCAUCCAAACUGCAGACUGGAGACACUAGAGCUGAGUUGUUGUGACCUCACAGAGAAGAGCUGUGCAGCUUUAUCUUCAGCUCUCAGCUCAAACUCUUCCAGUCUGAGACAGCUGAACCUGGGUGGCAAUAAUCUGCUGGGAGAUUCAGGAGUGGAGCUGCUUUCUACUGGUCUGGAGCAUCCAAACUGUAGACUGGAGAAACUGGAUCUGAGCUACUGUAACCUUACUCUGAGGAGCUGCUCAUCUUUAGCUUCAGCUCUCAGAUCAAACCCCUCCAGUCUGAGAGAGCUGCACCUGGGAGGAAACAACCUGCAGCAGUCUGAUGUGGAGCUGCUUUCUGCUCUACAGAAAGAUCCUGAAUAUAAGCUGACUAAACUAGAGUAUUAACUGGGCAGCCAUCGAUCAUCCAUCAGUAUGACUGGAGCAGAGCUGCUGCAGAUGUUGCAGUUUCCAGACACUCAGUACCAGAUGAUCAUCCAGCUGCCCCACGGAUCAGCACUGUGUGUCUACCUGUCCACUGCUACACUAUAAAGGGUUAUUUAGUUUUCUAGUGAUAUAUAACCAUCAUCUCUAAACUGAUUAAACCGAUAUUUGUAAACUGAUUAAUUAUUUUCUUAACUGCAUUAAUGUCAAUAAUCCUUUUUUUAUAUCAAGCACUAAUCUUAAAGAUUCUUUAUUUAAUCCUUACUAGAUAAAAUAUCAGUCUUUUAUAUAAUACUUCUACAGACUAUGUGGGUAUCAACAUGUAAAUAUUUUCCUUUG